UGAUUGCAUGAGCAGAACAUGUUCCGUAAUCAUUGCAUUCGCCACUCAUCAUUAUGAUUUCGGGGGCGCGAUCAAAACGUAAGCCCAAUCUUAACGUCCCUCUCUUCUGUCUCUCUCUCUCUCUCUCUCUCUCUCUCUCUCUGAAUCAGUUUCAUCUCUCCCUUUUAAUUCUUCCCUCUCUCCGUCUCAGUUACUUUCAAUUUUCUGCAAAUUCCUCUCCCCAGCAUUACAUGAGAACCGAAACGAAGAGCCAUGGGCAAGAAGAGAGCUUCUCUGCCCAUACGCCAGUUACUGGUCCUUCGCUCGAAGCCGGUUUUCUCCAUAUUUCUCGUGUUCUGCGUCUUCGCCUUUGUAAGGCUCAACCGGUCCAAAUCACGAUCGAGCACCACCGACAAAUCAAGUAUUGACGAAAAAUCGAAACUUGAGACUAACCCAAAAGUUGCUUUUCUGUUUCUUGCCCGUAGAAAUGUUCCUCUGGACUUCAUGUGGGGUGCUUUCUUCCAGGAGGCUAAUGUGAGGAAUUUCUCGAUUUAUAUUCAUUCGGAACCUGGGUUUGUGUUCAAUGAGUCCACUUCUACGUCCCCUUUCUUUUACGGACGCCAGUUAAACGACAGUAUUAAGGUAGCCUGGGGAGAUUCAAGCAUGAUAGAAGCAGAGAGGUUAUUGCUUAAAGUAGCUCUUGGCGACCCUGCUAAUCAGAGAUUUGUUCUCCUUUCUGAUAGCUGCUUGCCGCUGUACAAAUUCCGUGACAUUUAUGAGCAUCUGAUUUCUUCUCCGAAGAGUUACAUCGAAAGCUAUUUUGAUUUUGAGGACGAUCGAUAUGAUCCGAAAUUGUUGCACGCCAUACCAAAGGACAGAUGGCGAAAAGGAUCUCAGUGGUUCACUUUAAUCAGAAGACAUGCACAAAUUGUUGCAGAUGACGAUGUUGUUUUUCCCAUCAUCAAGAAAUCUUGCAAGAGACAGUCAAAUGCAAGCGUGAGUGCGAGAAGACAGAUGCUUGAUCUUCAUAAGCCGCAGGAUUGUAUCCCAGACGAACAUUAUCUGCAGACAUUGCUGGCAAUGAGUGGGUUCGAGAACGAAUUCUUCCGAAGAUCAUUGACCUAUGCUCAGUGGAAUCAAUCAGCUACAGAGAAGGAUAAGCAGUGGCACCCUUUCACUUUCGAUUACACAGAUGCAAGCCCUCAAAGUAUCAGAGAAAUAAAGGAGAUCGAGGCAAUCCACUAUGAAUCCGAGAAUUGGACCGAGUGGUGUCAAGUCAAUGGUGCGUUCGCUCCAUGUUAUCUAUUCGCGAGGAAGUUCACGCGCGGAGCGGCUGUUCGCCUGUUGUCCGAGGGACUACUGGGUCCGUUCGACCCCGUUCUAUUCUUAAACGCUACUAGGAGAUUCUUUCCGGUCAAACAUAGAGACAUACAGGCAAGAUAGAGCCUUGCAAAUUGGAGGACAUGUUCACGUACAUACCCUCGACUCGCAGUUGGAAUUGCAUAGAACAUUCUUUACAACUCUCUAACUUUCUCUGUUUCGGAAAUUCUCAACAAAACCUGUUCAUGAAUAACCUUUGAAAGUUGCAUUCUACUUGGUAUGUAAUUGCUCAUCUGCAUUGUUUGGGAACUCCGAUUCCCUCUGUCUACAUUUCAUGCUCAUUGUCUCUGAAACAUAUGCCUGAGACAUUUAUUGGCACCACCCUCGU